AUGUGUGUCUUCGGCCACCCGAUCCAGGACUUCAUUCCUAUUGCCCCUGGCAGAUACAAGCCACACAACACCUGGUGUGAGACCCUACAGGCAAGGGAGGAGGCCCUUCGCAACCGUCACAUGAAGGGAGUAGAACGCUCAAAGGAACACUCCAAACGGCUUCUUCCACUUGUUGUUGGCAACCACGUUCGCGUUCAAAACCAAACAGGGCCGCAUCCUCUGAAAUGGGACAAGACCGGCGUGGUGAUUAAUUACCCGAACACCCCAUCUGCCCCGUCGAUCUUGCCACCUACUGAUGUGUCUAGCGGACUACAAUCACCAUCACCGUGUCCGGUUGCGCCCACUCCGUCUCCUCGACAGCAGCCUGGGCCCAUCACUGACGCCUGCCAAUCACCGGUGACGGAUCAACCCAAUGGCUCCCGCCAACCAGACCCUGUUGAUGUCUUGUCAUCCCCGGCCGGCCGUGCUGCCCCAGCCGCGGUUCCUCGCGAAGCUUCCCCUUCGGUGCCUGCUCGACCACCUUCCCCUGCUCCAUCGCCUGAGGAUGACGGCAUCGCUCCUGCUGCCACGCCAGCUCCUUCGCCCAGGCGAUCUCUCCGUCGGGCCAGUAGACCUGCAUGGCACUCGGACUACGAGAUGUCUCCCUAA